AUGAAUGUAAACGAAGCUGACGAGAAGAUGAAUACAUCAAAUAACGACCAAAUAGCACCAUUAUUACCUACAACACUCAAUAGUGCAACAGGAUUAAAUUGUUUAAAAACGAUUGAUUCAUUAUAUAUUAAACAACUCCCUUCUAUGAGUGAAAUUAUAUUUGGUAUCGCAUCUGAAGCUAAAUUUGAUAUUUAUAGUGAUAAUAAUGUACGAAUAUUACAAGCUUUAGAAACUUCAUCAUUUUGGCAACGUUUCUGUUGUACAACAAGACGACGUUUUACAUUGCGUAUCAUGGACAAUAAUAAUCAGGAUGUUAUUAUUAUGAAACGUGAAUUCAAAUGUUGCUCAGGAUGUUGUUGGUGUGCUAAUGCCAAAUGUUGUAGUCAAGAAGUGAUGGUCGAAUCACCGCCUGGAACAUUCAUUGGUUAUGUAUCGCAACAGAAAAGUUGUUGUCGAUCUAUUUUUGCCAUAAAAGAUAACAAUGAUAAUCAUGUUCUCACUGUACGUGGUCCCUUAGCAUUGUGUGAUGGACCAUUGAGUUGUCGUUGUGAAAAUAAAUAUAUAUUAAUUGGUACAGAUGGAACUACAGAAGUUGGAUUUAUUCAAAAAAAAUAUCGUGGUCUUUUGAAAGAAUCAUUUACAAGUGCCGAUGCAUAUUUACUUAAAAGUAAAUUUAUUGAUAAAAAUUAA